AUGGAGAAUAACAUUGAUAUAUCAAAAGAGCAAAAUAACCGCCAAAGAAUUCUCCAAAAAGGAAUUGAAAUUAAACGUGUAAAAAGAGGGAAAGAAGGAAGAGGACUGGGAAGAAUAUAUAUGAAUAAUGAUAAUAAAUUUGUUUAUACACCAUCAUCAAAAUUUUGGUUUUGUUUUAAAGGCCCAAAAAAAGUUGAUUUAAAAGAUAUUGUUGAAAUAAGGCAGGGUACAAUUAGUUCCACAAAAUGUCAAGAUAUUUCAAAAACAAAAAAAAAUGGAAAUAUCUCAAAGGCAUUAGUUGAUUCAGCAUGCUUCUCUGUCAUAAUAAUGCAUCCAAAAUUUAUGUGCAAAGCAAUUGAAUUUAUGGCUUUAAAUGAGGCUGAAAAAAAUAAAUUUUGUGAAGCCCUACAACAUUAUGUUGCCGAGAAAACUGAUCAACAUUUAAAGUUUGAUGAAAAAGUCUGGUUAUUAAAUAAUUUUCAAAAAGCAGACAUUAAUAAAAAUGGAUUACUUAGUAUUGAUGAAUGUUUAAAAUUAUUUAAAAACCUUAAUUUACAAUGUAGUGAAAAAUAUUUAAAAGAAUUAUUUAAACAAAUUAAUAGUGGACCGGAUAGAAUUGAAGGAAAAGCAUGGAUUAAUAAGGAUGAAUUUUUAAAACUUUUUGAUAAAUUAACAGAAAGACCAGACAUUCGCCAUAUUCUUAAAAUGGCUAAUAAUGAUAGUGAGGAAUAUUUAAAUGUAAAACAAUUAACUACAUUUUUAAAAGAAGAACAAGGAUUUUGUGAUGUUGAUGAGAAGAAAGCUGAAAUGAUAAUUGAUAGUUUUGAAAUAGGAAAUACACAAGCAUCUCCAGAAUCUGAAAAACUUCUUUAUCAACCUGGUUUUAGAAGAUUACUCCAAUCAAGAUGGGGAAAUAUAAUGAAACCUGAACAUGAUAUUGUUUUUCAAGACAUGACAAAACCAUUAUCUCAUUAUUUUAUAAAUAGUAGUCACAAUACAUAUUUAACAGGUUUACAAGUAACAGGUGAAGCAAGCAUUGAGGGUUAUAUUAAUGCAUUAAAACGUGGUGCACGAUUACUUGAAUUGGAUAUUUUUGAUGGAGAUAAAGGAGAACCAAUUAUAACACAUAAACGUACAUUAAUAAAAUCUAUUAAUCUUAGAGAUACAUUACAUGGUAUUGAAAAAUAUGCUUUUCAAACAUCUCCUUAUCCUGUAAUAUUAACUAUUGAAAAUCAUGUAUCAUUAAUUCAACAACAAGUAAUGGCAAAAGUUUUUAAACAAGUUCUUGGAGAUAAAUUAUAUAUACCACCAAAAAAUUCUGCUUCUGUUGGAUUACCUUCACCGGAAUCUUUAAAAUAUAAAUUUUUACUUCGUGGUAAACGAGAUGACAAACAACAUAUGUUAAGUUUAAAUACAAAUCAAGAUGAUCCAAAUCUUCCAAAAGUUGAAGGUAAUAUUGAUGAUGAAGUUUAUGAAAGAGAAGCAGCGUUACAUUCUGUUGAUCCUGAAUUUGGAAAUAUUAUUUCUUUACCAUCUGUAAAAUUGUCAAAUAAUAUUUUAAAAGAUAAAGCAACACAUCCAAAAGAUGGUUCACCAUCUUUAUCUGAAACUAAAGUUGAAAGUUAUUAUGAUAGUGGUUAUCAAUUACCACAAUACACAGCAACAAGAGUUGUUAAAGCAUAUCCAAAAGGUAUAAGACAAGAUUCUAGUAAUAUGGAUCCUAUGUUAGCAUGGUUAAGUGGUAUUCAAAGUGUUGCACUUAACUUUCAAACAAAUUGUGAAAAUAUGGAUCUUAAUCGUGGAUUAUUUCAAGUUAAUGGUAAUUCUGGUUAUGUAUUAAAACCUCACUUUUUAAUUGAAGGAAAAGAUCCAAGAAGUCAAGAAGUAUCGCAAUUUGUAAAAACAUAUAUGAAUGUUGUUAUAAUUUCUGGACAAUAUUUACCAAAAGUUGAACCUGGUAAUGAUAUUGUUGAUCCAUAUGUAUCGAUUGAAAUUUAUGGUAUCCAACAAGAUAAAUGUAAACAAAAAACAAAAACAAUAAAAAAUAAUGGUUUUAAUCCAUAUUGGAAUCAAUCUUUUACAUUUCCAUUAUAUUGCCCUGAAAUGGCAUUAGUUAGAUUUGUUGUAAAAGAUUUUGAUACAACUUCUACAAAUGAUUUUGUUGGUGAAUAUACAAUUCCUGUUACCUCUAUAAGACCGGGAUAUUCACAUAUUCGUUUAAAUACUGGAUAUGGCCAUACGUUAGAUGAGGCAGCUUCAAUUUUUGUAAGAAUAGUUUUUGAUAAUUCUCAAAAUUAA